AUGGCGGAGCUCGGUAAGAAGUACUGCGUGUACUGCCUGGCCGAGGUGAGCCCGCUGCGCUUCCGCUGCACCGAGUGCCAGGACAUCGAGCUGUGCCCCGAGUGCUUCUCGGCCGGCGCCGAGAUCGGCCACCACCGGCGCUACCACGGCUACCAGCUGGUGGACGGCGGGCGCUUCACGCUGUGGGGGCCGGAGGCCGAGGGCGGCUGGACCAGCCGCGAAGAGCAGCUGCUGUUGGAUGCCAUCGAGCAGUUCGGCUUCGGGAACUGGGAAGACAUGGCUGCUCACGUAGGGGCCUCCCGGACUCCCCAGGAAGUGAUGGAGCAUUACGUAAGCAUGUACAUCCACGGCAACCUGGGGAAGGCCUGCAUCCCCGACACCAUCCCCAACCGGGUGACCGACCACACCUGCCCCAGUGGAGGCCCCCUCUCUCCCAGCCUCACCACCCCCUUGCCUCCCCUAGACAUCUCGGUGGCCGAGCAGCAGCAGCUGGGCUACAUGCCGCUGCGCGACGACUACGAGAUCGAGUACGACCAGGACGCCGAGACGCUCAUCAGCGGGCUCUCGGUCAACUACGACGACGACGACGUGGAGAUCGAGCUCAAGCGCGCGCACGUGGACAUGUACGUGCGGAAGCUGCGGGAGCGGCAGCGGCGCAAGAACAUCGCCCGCGACUACAACCUGGUGCCGGCCUUCCUGGGCAAGGACAAGAAGGAGCGCGAGAAGGCGGCCAAGCGCAAGGUCACCAAGGAGGAGCGCGAGCUGCGGCUGAAGCUGCGGCCGCUCUACCAGUUCAUGUCCUGCAAGGAGUUCGACGACCUGUUCGAGAACAUGCACAAGGAGAAGAUGCUGCGCGCCAAGAUCCGGGAGCUGCAGCGGUACCGGCGCAACGGGAUCACCAAGAUGGAGGAGUCGGCCGAGUACGAGGCGGCCCGGCACAAGCGGGAGAAGCGGAAGGAGAACCGGAACUCGGCGGGCGCCAAGCGCGGGCGGGAGGACGCCAAGGACGGCGAGUUCGCCGCCAUCGAGAACCUGCCGGGCUUCGAGCUGCUGUCGGACCGCGAGAAGGCGCUCUGCAGCUCCCUGAACCUGAGCCCCGCGCGCUACGUGACCGCCAAGACCAUCAUCAUCAAAGACCACCUCCAGAAGCGCCAGGGCAUCCCCUCCAAGAGCCGCCUGCCCAGCUACCUGGACAAGGUCCUGAAGAAGAGGAUUUUAACCUUCCUCACGGAGAGCGGGUGGAUAGCCAGGGACGCCUCCUGAAGCGGCGGAGCCGGGGCGCUUGUGAGCCAAAUGACUGGGGGGGACAGCAACCGCUUUCCCCAUGGUGGUUUUUUCAGCAAAUUGAGUUUCUUUUUUAGGAUGUAAGUUGUUCUCGCGGCCCUCUGGAAGAAGCAAGAGUAACAGUCUUAGAUCAGAUCAUGAGGGAAGCAGAUGCAGGCGUAUUGUACCUUAGUGCUAAAAGCAAUGCGCUAAGACGACGCUUGCCUUUGUGUUGAGUGUGGAGAACGUGGAGAUGGGAGCGGCCCGGGAGCCCCUUCGCUUCGGUGCACACCUGUGCUGGCCGCCGGCUGCCAGCCUUGCCUGUGACACUGGCUCCGGCGCGGGGCACUGUAGAUGGCGCCGGGCAGGUGGGCAGUGAGGCCAGAGGGCAGGGUCAAGCUUCCUUGGACUGUGAGGAAGAGGCUGGUAGCGAACAGAGACCAAAUGAGCUUCCCCUUAGCUACUGGCAGCGGCAGUUUGAGUUUGCAGUUCCCAGACCCCAAAACUGCCCCUUUUGCGCCCGCUGGGCAGAGCCCCCCCCCCUCAGUUUGGAAAUGGGCAGCGCCCCCUAGCGUAGAGGGUGGCUGUGGGAAGCAUGGCAGCCAGGACCAGUGCAAUGGCCAGGACUGAGCCCUUUCCUGGGGAGCAGCUACUGGCUGCUCUUUGGACUUACGUGCAUUUUACUUGCAAGCCCUUGUUUUAGGAAGUUCAUGGCUAAGUUGUGUUCUGGUGUUGGUGUCUCACAGCUACAAGUACCUUUUUCAGGGAAGCCCUGACCACACCAGCCUGGCCAAGCCUCUGACCUUCAGGUGGCCUUGUACCCGGCAGACUAGCCAGGCGAGACGGGCCGGCCCAUGUGGCCGUUGGUCCCAAGGCCCCUGUGUUGCUGCUGAGUCACUGUCUUAACCAGACUCAGACAUGGCUCUGCCCAGCCCUCGCUAGAGGUCUUUUCAGGGGCCUCUUACACGGUACCUCCCUUUGGCACUUGGGUGGCCAUUUGUCUUCCGGGCUGCUCAGGGUUCUCUCGUCCAAGACCCGCUUAGAGUCGGUGGUGACUGCAGACCCAGCCGCCUGCCGGCCCCUGGCCCGCACAGUGAUGGAGAGAGGGCCUCUCCAUGUUUGGGCUUGACGUUACAUUUAAGUGAAGUUUGAAAAAGACCCUCAUCAUUUCCAAGGAUGACCUCAUUAUGGUGCCUUUUCCUUUCUUUCUACAUCUCUCUGUCCCCGAGGGUAGCUUCUCAGCGUUAGCGGGAACACCUCAGGUGGGUUGUGUACGGCCGUAGUAAAGCGCAAGGCCUGCGGCAGAGGCGCUCCUUGCUGGCCAAGCCAGACUUCCCGCUGACACGUGUGAGCGGUGGUGUCAGGCGUGAGGGCUACCUCCACUGCCCCUGCGGGUGACUGCCCUCCGUGGGGCUGGUGUUGCCCUUUGUGCCAGCCUCCAGGCGGCCUGGGUGCAAGCUAACCUUUGAGAACCGCUGGCUUUAGCUGACCUGGUGUCAUCCUUCGUGGGUUUUCUGUCAGGUGCCUCGUCUGGCGAGGUUUCGAUGCCGUCUUCUUUUUCUAUACGGGGGCUGCCAGGCUUCAUUAAGCUGGAGAAGCAGGCGCCCCAGUAGCUGGGGCCAGUCGAGAGCUGCCAAGUGAAUGCGUGGUGCUGGAGGUUUGAGGGUGCUUAUCUUUUGAUGGCGUGAAGAACUUAUUUAGGCGUGGCUGUUUUAAAACACCACAGUGAAUGUAUAAUUUAUGUUGAAGUGUUACCUUGGUUACAAGGGGAAGUGAUUUUGAUUGGUUGCCUUUAUCCCGUCCACUCCUGUUGCCAGUCUUUGCCCCUGCUGUUAGCAGAGCCCUGACAUUUCUGUAUUUAAUUUUCAUAAGUUAAGUUACCACAAUCCCAAGAAUUAGGUCUUCAAAAUUUAAACUCCAACCUUUGAGUCCAGUUCCAUAACUCAGCUAUUCGGAAUCCUCUCUGGAUGCAGCGUUCCAGGAAUGUAUUCAAGCCGACCUGACUGUUUUUACUGCCCUUUCCUUAUUAAACAAGUUGCGAACAAAA